AUGGCCGCGCAGCAGCUCCAAGAGUCAUGGAGGUCCUCACUUGCCGAGUUUCUCGCUUACUGUGAGCGGCGUGUGCUUGACAACAAUACACUCAUCGAGGCUGUGCGUGACCAUGUCAGCAAGACUGAGCUUGCAACCACAGCUCAUAUCAAACCCCACGUCUUUCUCAUAGAUCACUCCUCCGCUCAGACAUUGGACGAACAACGAAACAGUGCUACGACCCCAGAGUCAUCAGCAAAUCUCAACAAAAAAGAACAAGAUGGAGAAGAUGUUGCUGCUAGAGAAUCGAAGAAGCUCAGAAGCGGUCGUAUCUUAAUGCAGGAUAACAAUGUUGGAGACCUAGACCAGGCCGAUGCUGGGACAAGCCAGAACGGGUCACACGGUCAUGGUCUUGAAGUCAGCAGCGGUGGAGACGAUGCGGAUUUCGAGUAUCAGGACGACAGAUCACAUGAGAGUGGCGAUGACGAUUUGACAAUAGGUGCUGCAGAAAUCCGAGAGCUCAUGCAUGACGACGACGACGGCAAUGAUGAUCUUCACGAGCAAGAACGCGAAGCCACUGCCAAUGAUCGUCACCACCCGGAAAACUACAUUGCAGUGGAAGGGUACGAAGUUCCGGUUCCUAUUUGGCGUUAUUUAGGGCGGGAAUGUACGCAGGCCAUCGUCGAACUAUUGGAGGCUAAGCCCAUUGAGCAACCCGAGAACUGUCGGACCCAGCUUAAGCCCUGGCAACUCACUGGAGUGGGUAAGCUCAAGCAUCUUUUCGAGACUCGUCACAAAGGAGGAAUUCUUGGUGACGAGCAGGGUUUGGGUAAGUCAUUGGAGGCAAUCACGGCUAUGGUCGAGGAUAUUGUUGCGAACCAGGGGAAACCAUACCGCGGUUUCAAUUUGAUUGUGACAACCAAGAGCUGUGCACAGCAGUGGAUCGAUGAGAUCAAAAAGCACUAUGGAUCGGAGAUGGCGAAGAAAGCCUUUUUUCUCAACGAUGCCAAGGUCACCGCCAACGAAUUGCUCGACGGCGAAUACAAUUUUGUCGUAUGUACCUGGCAAUUCGUCAUGAGUCGUUACGCCUCGUAUCGGAAGAAUAUCGAUUUCUUCAGACUGCUUGCAAUGAAAGGCAAAAAAUGGGUCGACGAGAACCUGUCCUCAGUCGAUCACAUGCCCCUCAACGGGAGACACGUUAAUGCACUAUUUUCUCACGUCUAUGAUGAGCUCGGCUUUCCGAUCAGACAUCUCGUUCUCGACGAAGCUCAAUUCGCAAAGAAUGUGCUUACGAAGACUUAUGAUGCAGUCCGCCACUUGCAUUACGAGCGCAUCAUGCUAUUGAGCGGCACCUUUCUGGCCAACAGAUGGUACGAUAUAUUUGGCUUCGUAUCACUGAUUCCAGGUCAUCCCUUCAAGGACUUCCAGCAGUUCAUGAAGACUUUUGCCCAUAGAGAGGAAAAUGGGUACUACUCAUCACCCUCGGUGUCGAAGAGGAAUCGGUUAGUCAAAUUCUUGAUGAGCUUCACCGUCGCUCGACCAGUCUCUGUGUUGAAAUUGCCCCACCUCAGCAGAGAAUACCAUGAUUUCCAGCUCACGGAUGACGAGGAAGCAGAGGUGGCAUUCCGGGUGGAGAAGUAUCUCAUGCUCAUGUCUUUUUCAGGCAGACAACAAGUCUUCCAGCCCAGCAAUUCCGAUGGGAAGAAUAAGGCUCUCCAACAAGCAGUACUUGCACAGUUGCAAUGCGCCAACCGUGCCUUGAUCCCGCCUGGAAAAGCCCAGGUAUCGCAGCACCUCCUCUCGCAAUACGCCAGGCUCAAGGAUCGCUUCGCAACAGCCAGAAAAGCAGCGGGUGGUACAGUGACGAUGCAAGACCUUCUUGCCAUGAUCACUCCAGAUGGAAUGACCUCAAAGCAGAUUACAUCAGUCAAAGUGGCUGAGGAGCUAUUGAACGUGUCACUCCAUGUGCAGCAGGGCGAAACGGCCGAGAUCGAGGGAGACGUCCCAGAGGAUAGUGCUUCUAACAAUCAAGCUCGUACAGAAGAAUCACUGGCGGAGGAUCCGGAUUCCCCAGCGGGUCUCCCAGAGAUUCUUGAGCAGGAUGACUCCAGCGACUAUAAAUCGUUCAAAUGGCCCGAGGAACGUAAAGAUUGGCUCGCGAGACUUGCUGCCAUUCCAGACAGCGAGCUGCUGUCUCGCAAGGUGCUAUGCAUCCUGGACCUCAUGUCAAAUCUGCGAUCCAAUUAUCCUGGCGAAAGAAUCAUUGUGUUCUCCAAGUACUUGAAAUUUCUCGAUAUGCUGGGCGAAGCCAUGCGUCGCAGUAGCACGCUGUCCGACACGGUGCCGUUGCAAUUCAAUGGUACUCUCAAUUCUCACCAACGCUCAUUCAGUCAGAAAUCGUUCAAUGACGAGAACAACAAGCGACCCAUCUUCGUCACAGCUGGAAGUGGAGGCGCGGGUCUCAAUCUUACUGGGGGCUCUCAGAUCAUCCAAUGUGAACCGUGGUGGAACCCAAACGACGAGAAUCAGGCCCAGAGUCGUGCUUGGCGCAUGGGACAGACCAAGGACGUACACGUUUAUGUGAUCCGUGGUAUCAACAGCCUCAUCGACUACAUCAUACAACAGUGCCAGAAUAUCAAGGCCGCGACCAACACGGGUAUCAUGGGGCCUUUGCGGCGGGAGGACGAUAGCGUGGCCAUCAUUCCAAGACAAUAUCAGGGAGGCAUCGGAGAACGCUGA